AUGCGGGAGGCGGCGGCGGCGGCGGCGCGGCUGCAGGCUGUUGCCAGGGGCUAUUUGACCAGGAAAAGGCUUCAAAGCCUAAGGAGUAAGUAUGAGAGCAUCGUCAAGGAAAUUGAAGGGGACUUGGAUUGGGUCCAGUGGACUGGCCAUCUCUUCCCAAGACCGGAGUUUCUCUCAAAGUCUGCCCAGAAAUCAAUAAAGGAAUUCAACAGAGAAGAAGUUAAAGUUGACAAGCCACAAAAACAGGACGCACAAUAUCAUCAAGAGAUGUUACAGUCUAAACAAACGUGUGAUUUUGAGAUGCAGUUUCCAAACCGACUUCUGGCUGAGGUGGCAGCUGAACCCAAGAUCGAGAAGGUAGGACAGAGUCUGGAGCAAGCUGUGGAUGCUCGCCCUGGGAACGUCUGCAGCCUGCCAGGAGAGAACGAGGAAGGGGAGCCCAGCAGUGCCUCAUCUGACUGGAGCAGCACAAUUCUGGGGACGGAGUCUCCCCGGAUGAGCCAAGAGUCUCAUUUCCCCAAAGCACCAGAAAUGCCCAGAGGGAUGCCUGGUCUGCAGAACUACCGCAAGCACCUGGCCAUGGAACUGCUCUGGCUGCAGCAGGCAAUUGCCAGCCGUAAGAACUAUUUGAUCCUGAAACAGAGAUUGGGGAACCCAGCUUGAGAGCUCAGCGGGAGGGCACCUGUGAUCUCUUCUCCCUGAACUGGAAGCUCACACCUUCUCCUGCUGCCUCCGGAAAGGAAGCACGUGGCUGCAGGCAAGGCGUCCGCCGUGUUUCCUUGGAGAGGCCGCAUCCUGAAGUCACCGUUGAGACUUACGAAAGUAGCUGUGAAAAGUGGAGACUGCAAAAGCUUUCCAAGGUCGGCAGACUUUGGAAUUGCACUUGCAGAAGUUCCUGUGGGGCACUUUUGGUGGAGCAGUGACAGAAUGUCAGUUUUCACAGUAUUUGCAAAGCUAUCAAGUGAAAGCCGUGGCCUGCGUGGCGCCUUGUUCCCCUGUCAGGUGCGUUAGAGCAGCUUUGACCCGAAAGCUUUCAGUUCCUGGAAUAUUAUUCCCGGGUGUUGUAUUGUAGGUGGAACCUUUUUUUUUCUUUGCAUCUGCUUUUUGUGGCUACUGACUGUUGGAUUAUUCUUAAAGUCUUCACUGUGCGGUUGUUUUUUGCUGCUUUGUUGGCUUGUUUUUUGAAAUUUGGAUGCUGUUAUU